AAUUACUGCGAUUGCUGAUGGACCUUGGAAAGAAGGCUGCACUGGUGCCCCGCUCCGCAGUCGGACACGCUCAGCCUGCGCCGGACAGAGCGACCGCUCGCCCGCCGCCCCCCGCCAGCUCCGCGGGCCCCCGCGCUCCCCCGGCAGCCGCCGCCGUCCGCUGCUUGGGAGGAUACCGCCCGGCUCCCGCGAUCCAGGAUUUUACUUUCGCCUCGCCCUUUUCCCUCCUGCUCUGCUUGGAUUACUUGGCUGCUCUCGCUCGGUGAUCCCGCGGCAAUGGAGAAAUCCACUGCAGUAUUAAUCCAAGGAGGUGCUUUGGGGACAGUUGGCAGUACAAUGGCUUCUCAGUACCUCGUAGUGGCUCUGGCCGUUUUCUCCUCUUUUACCCAGGUUGUAAUAGAAGCCAGCUCUUGGUGGUCUUUAGGGAUGAACCCUAUGAACCCCAUGAACCCCGUUCAGAUGUCAGAGGUAUAUAUAAUAGGAGCCCAGCCACUAUGUAGCCAGCUAGCAGGGCUUUCCCAAGGACAGAAGAAACUCUGCCAAUUGUAUCAGGACCAUAUGCAGUUCAUUGGAGAGGGUGCAAAGACGGGCAUUAAGGAGUGCCAGUAUCAGUUCAGACAUAGAAGAUGGAAUUGCAGCACUGUGGACAACAACUCUGUUUUUGGCAGAGUCAUGCAGAUAGGCAGCCGGGAGACGGCCUUCACCUACGCAGUGAGCGCGGCUGGGGUGGUCAACGCCAUGAGCCGUGCCUGCCGGGAGGGUGAGCUCUCCUCCUGUGGCUGCAGCCGAGCAGCACGGCCCAAGGACUUGCCCCGGGACUGGCUUUGGGGUGGCUGCGGGGAUAACAUCGAAUACGGAUACCGCUUCGCCAAGGAGUUCGUUGAUGCCCGGGAGCGUGAGAGAGUUUACCAGAGAGGCUCCUAUGAGAGCGCCCGCAUCAUGAUGAACCUGCACAACAACGAGGCCGGGAGAAGAACUGUGUACAACCUGGCUGACGUGGCCUGUAAGUGCCACGGCGUCUCUGGUUCCUGUAGCCUGAAGACCUGUUGGCUGCAGCUUGCCGAUUUCCGCAAGGUAGGCGAUGCCCUGAAGGAGAAAUACGAUAGCGCUGCUGCCAUGAAACUCAACAGCCGGGGCAAGCUGGUGCAAGUGAACAGCCGCUUCAACGCACCCACCAUCCACGACCUGGUCUACAUCGAUCCCAGCCCUGACUACUGCGUGCGCAACGAGAGCACCGGGUCCCUGGGCACGCAGGGCCGCCUUUGCAAUAAGACCUCGGAGGGCAUGGACGGCUGUGAACUCAUGUGCUGUGGCCGGGGGUACGACCAGUUCAAGACGGUGCAGCGAGAGCGCUGCCACUGCAAGUUUCACUGGUGCUGCUACGUGAAAUGCAAGUUGUGCACAGAGAUCGUGGACCAAUUUGUGUGCAAAUAGGGGACGGACGAGGUGGGAGGAACUGAAGCCACCUGCCAGCAAGGGGUGCAGGCUCCUCUCCCUUUCCACAGGACUAUCUCCACUUUAUUUAUAGAGUCCAACGAGUUGUCGUCUUCUUUUAAAAAA